UAUUUAAACAACAGUCUUCAGUCUUGCUUCAAAAUGUCCCUGUGUGCAUCUUCUCACAAGGACUUUUCUCAGCUAUUGCCACUUCAGGAUAUUGGAUGCAAUAAAACAGAAAUUAAAAACUCACCCGCUGGUAUCAUCUCUCCAGUUCCCUACAGCUGUAAUCAGUCCACGUUGACAGCAGAACACAGUCCAGUCUACAUUCCCUCAUCUUACAUGGAAAACAGACAUGAAUAUUCUGCAAUGGCAUUCUGCAGUCCUGCUAUGAUGAAUUACAACAUUACCAGCAAUUUUGGUGAUUCAGAGAGUGCAUCUGUAAGGCAAACAUCAAGCCCCAAUGUGUUAUGGUCUGCUCCUGGCCAUCUCUCCCCUCUGACAUUGCACUGUCAGUCAUCGCUUCUGUAUGCAGAGCAGCCAAAAAGUCCGUGGUGUGAAGCAAGACCGAUGGAACCAGUGCUACCUGUGACCAGAGAAACAUUAAAAAGAAAAACUAAUGGCAAUGACUGUACAAGCCCAAUUGCAAAUAAUCCUGGCUCAAAAAGGGAUGCUCACUUCUGUGCAGUCUGCAGUGACUAUGCUUCAGGAUACCACUAUGGGGUCUGGUCAUGUGAAGGCUGCAAAGCAUUCUUUAAAAGAAGUAUUCAAGGACAUAACGAUUACAUCUGCCCGGCUACCAAUCAAUGCACCAUAGACAAAAACAGGCGCAAAAGCUGCCAGGCAUGCCGGCUACGGAAAUGUUACGAAGUGGGAAUGAUGAAGUGUGGCUCAAGAAGAGAACGUUGUGGAUAUCGGAUCCUGCGUCGCCAUCGUAAUUCAGAAGAUCAGGUGCAUUGCAUUGGCAAAGCUAAGAAAUACAAUGAGACGGCAACCCGCGUAAAAGAGAUCCUGCUCAGCACAGUCAGUCCGGAGCAGUUUGUUUUAACACUACUUGAAGCAGAGCCUCCCAAUGUGUUGGUGAGUCGUCCCAGCAAGCCAUUCACGGAGGCCUCCAUGAUGAUGUCCCUGACAAAACUGGCAGACAAAGAGCUGGUUCACAUGAUUGGUUGGGCCAAAAAAAUUCCUGGCUUCAUUGAUCUCAGCCUCUAUGACCAAGUAAGACUGUUGGAGAGCUGCUGGAUGGAAGUUUUAAUGGUUGGUUUGAUGUGGAGAUCAAUUGACCAUCCUGGGAAACUAAUUUUUGCACCAGACCUUGUACUAGACAGGGACGAGGGGAAAUGCGUAGAGGGAAUUUUGGAGAUCUUUGAUAUGCUCCUGGCCAUGACCUCGAGGUUCCGAGAGCUGAAACUGCAGCACAAGGAGUAUCUGUGUGUCAAGGCAAUGAUCCUCCUCAAUUCCAGCAUGUUUCCCUUAUCAGCAGAAGAACCUGAAAGCAACAGGAAACUGCAUCACCUGCUUAAUGUAGUCACAGAUGCUUUGGUGUGGGUUAUUGCAAAGAGCGGAAUCCCCUCGCAACAGCAGACAACUCGUCUGGCCAAUUUGUUGAUGCUCCUCUCUCAUGUCAGACAUGCAAGUAACAAGGGAAUGGAGCAUCUCCUGAGCAUGAAGUGUAAAAAUGUGGUCCCAGUGUAUGACUUGCUGCUGGAGAUGUUGAAUGCGCACACUCUCCGAGGCCAAAGGAAGUCCCCGGUCACACAUCCCGAAUUUGGCCCAUUAGAACAAAUGGAGACUGGAGACAGUCUGUGA